AUGGCUUGGCCGCCUCUGACUUUGUCCAGGACAGCCACUUCUCCACGUGAAAGCCAGAGCUCCUGCAACGGCAGCCUUUUUAAGCUUGAUACUGAGAAGUCAGUGUCCUUGGACAUGUUUCCAUCUUCUGGAAGCAGCGGAGUGCACACCUCUUGGAACCAUGGCCCACCAGGUGUUCGCUUUCCUCAGCGCACAGAGCUGGAGAGGGUCCCCGUGGUCUCUGCUGAGACACCCAGGCAGAAUGCAAGUGAAAUGGGGCCAUGGUUUAGCAUGUUGCUGCCUGAGCUUGGUGUGAACUACUGCCCUCAAGUGACUGUUACUGCUUCCCCGAUCAUUUACUCUCAGGGAAUAUCUUCCUCCCAGCCACAAAUGAUGAUUUUCAAGGGGCCCCAGACAAUGCCUUCAGGAUACCCCAGUAUUCAGGGGAUGGCCAUGACGUUCGGUGAGAGUUUAAGGGUGGCCCCCAGCAGGUUGCCAAUGUCAGCUCCCAGUGGCAUCCCAAUGAUGUCUCACAUCGAGGUACUAACAAUGCCUUAUUCCGGCCCCCAAGCAGUACCUUUUAACAGACACUCUUUAACACCUGAAAUGUUAUGCCCAACCAUGCCUUCUACUGAGGCCCAGGCAGUGCUCCCUCCUUUGGCUCAUAUGUUACCUUCUACCAAUCCCCAUGACUUUGGGAUGCCUCCAACUGGUUUCCCAUCACUGCAGGCUUUAGAAUCCCAGGACUCUGUGAGCCAGCCAGCUUCCCAGGAAGACCCCUUCCUACCUGAGCAGCCUAUACCUGUUCCAUGUAAAGCACAGCAGAACUCCACGGCCCAGGAAAGGGCUCCCAGGAGGAGACCCCCAAUCUCAAGGCCUUACUGCUGCCAGCAUGAGCGCUGUGGAAAAGCUUAUACUAAACGCUUCCACCUCCGGAGUCGUGAACGCUAACACACAGGCGAGAGACCCUACAAAUGCAUGGGGGAAGGCUCCCCAGCCCAGCUUGGUGGUCACCUUCCUGCAGCCUGCUCGAUGCUGACUCUCCACGUACCAGGCCUGCCACCCACCAGUGCCCUCAGGCCCUCUGUGAGCUCCCCCGGUUGUCCCCUGACCGCCCCCCUCAACCCCUGCACUCAGCCCAUCAUGGACACUGCCCACCAGCACCUCUAUUCCUUCCUAUGCACCUGGACGGUCUGCAGCUACCUGCACCCCGGAGGGUUGCCUCCUGCCUGUUCAGGGACUGUGGACCAGCUCUGCUUCCCCAGGGACUACAACCCAGCAGACUGA